UGGGGCACUCCAACCUUUUCUGGGCAGCGUGUGCCAGGACCUCACAUCCCUCUGUGUGAAGGAACAUGGUGGCGUAUUCCUGAGGAAACAGUGAAAACAGAGAACACAAACUUUUAGUGAGAUAGGCCAUUGGAGUUACUGGGAUAAAGCCAAUGUAUACAAACAAAACUAUAUUUCCUCUGUAGUUCAGAAACCCUGAAAUACCUUUCAGCUACUUACUGAAGAACUUCUUUUGGUAACUGUGACAACUGUCUGUGACUUGCAGAUACAAGCACUGUGUUCUGACAUCCUGGCAACUUCAGCUAUAGCCCUGCUGUGCAUUUGUUAGCUGUAAGCCAUUGGAGGUGUGUAAGCUUAUUCAUCUGGCAAUUACAGGAUUGUAGACAACACAAGAGGUUUUUCAGGAGUCCGCUGAAACUCUCAGAACAAGACUAAGGUUAUUGACCCGAACCUUUCAAGACCUGCAGCACAAAAGAAAAGCUCUACAAAAAGAGACACCUUCAGAGCAAAAAUGAGCUUUGAGAGAGCCUACAAUGCCUUUAACAUCAGCAAUAGCACAGAUCUAGCUAUUGGAUUUACCUCUUCCACAGUAGCUGUUCUUCUAUUUGGGACAAAUUUUGUGCCAGUUAAAAAAUAUGAUACUGGUGACGGAAUGUUCUUCCAAUGGAUUCUCUGUGCUUCCAUAUGGAUAGUUUCUUUGGUGGUCAAUUUAAUCCAGAAUUGCCCCCGCUUUUGGCCUUUGGCUAUGGUAGGAGGCUUCCUGUGGGCUACAGGCAACAUCACAGUUGUUCCUAUUAUUAAAACCAUAGGCUUAGCUCUUGGUCUUUUGAUAUGGGCUUCUUUCAAUUUGCUGACAGGCUGGGCAAGUUCCAGGUUUGGAUGGUUUGGAAUUGACCCAGAAGAGGUAGCGAGACCAGUCUUAAAUUAUAUUGGAGCCGGACUUUCGCUGUUAAGUGCUGUCAUAUUUUUUUUUAUCAAAACUGAAGUCCAAACAUCUUCAGCUUCAUUAGAAAGCACACCAUUACUGAGAGAAUCUUCUGUUAAUGCUUCUGAAGACACGUCUGAUGUCUCAUGGGUGACCAAUCUUUCUCCAGUAAAAAAAAGAUUUGUAGGAUGUAGCCUAGCUGUCGUAGCUGGAGUACUCUACGGUUCCAGUUUUGUACCAGUACUUUAUAUCAAGGACCAUGGAAGAAGAAAUGGAACGAUAUAUGCAAGAGCAAGUCAAUUUGACUUAGAUUAUGUUUUUGCACACUUCAGUGGAAUAUUUCUUACAAGUACCAUCUACUUUUUGAUCUACUGUGCGGUCAGGAAAAACAAACCUAAUGUUUAUCCCCAAGCCAUACUACCAGGGUUUGUUUCUGGUUUGCUUUGGGCUGUAGCCAAUUGCUGCUGGUUCAUCGCCAAUCACUAUCUCAGUGCUGUGGUCAGCUUUCCAAUAAUUACUGCAGGUCCUGGCCUUAUUGCUGCAAUGUGGGGAGUCCUUGUAUUUAAAGAAAUCAAGGGCCUGAAAAACUACGUAUUACUCUCAGUAGCAUUUUGCAUCAUUUUGGCUGGAUCGCUCUCCACAGCUUUUUCUAAAGUUUGAAGAUCUUCUUACCAGUAGAUGGUGCUGCUGUCUUGUAUAAUCAAAAGCACAGCUGUGUGUGUCAACGACUAUUUGCAAAAUGCAUGUCCAACAUUUAGCAUAACUUUUUUUCAGGGAAGUUAAGAAAAAAAAAAAAGAAAACCUUUAGCAGGAAUGUCUGGAAUGUCUUGUGUCAGUAUGUCUGGAAAUACUUGUGUUUUGGAACAUAAGAUUCAAAGAUGUGAAACUUGUUUCUUAUUUAGAGGCAUUAUUCUUUAAAGAUAACAAUUCAUAUAAAAAUAUUCCAGUCAUUGCAGAUUGGAAGUUUUGAAGGAAAUGCAGAAAGAAAAAAAGAAGGUACUGAAAAAUAAACUAGUGCUUGCUGCUACUGUCUUUGUUUAAAUGCCAUAACAUUAUGUAGAAAUCAUGACCAUGGUUAAUUGUUGGGGUUUUUACUGAGCUCUUGUUGAGUGGACUAAAUCUGUCUAGAAAAGUGCAACACUCAGACUGCAGUCUUAAGGGGAAAAAAAAACAAAACAAGAAGAGCAGCAGUAUGGCUAUGUUUUCCAUCUACUUUAUAAGCUCUACUCAUAGCAUGUUGAGAUUACAUUGUAAUUUCAUUCAAGUUUUAGUCUGGAAAAAUCACAGAAUGGAUUGGGUUGGAAGGAACCUUAAAAAUUAUCUGGUUCCCCCUGCUGUGUAAUCUAUCCCCAGCUGUGCUAGGAAUAAACAAGCAGCAUUGCUUGAACUAGGGGACGUAGUUUACCUCUAACCUUGACCACCUGUUUCCCAUCUUCACUACAUGAAGUAGUGCUGUAGGCCCUGUCUGUUUCUAUAGUUUCCUCUUUUGUUUGGUGCUGUGAGUAUCCUGAGUGGAGGUGUCUUGUGUUCAGAGUUUUGCUCUGUCUUGAGGGAUGCUCAUAAGUUCAUGUGUGGUGUGGGCCCAGUAUUUUUCUACCAGAUUGGAUUGUAGGAAACAUUUGAAUCUACUAGGGCAGGAGCAACUUUGCACUUCCUCAUUUCUGCAAAGCAUUAUUUGGCUUUCUGGAACAAACCCACAUGCAAUUUUGUACAGUCUUCCAGUCUGUAUUGUAAAGCUAUGAGACGUGACAACUUAAUUGCUUAUUGUUAGGGCAGCAAUUACAAUUCUUGUUUGGGAAGACUCAAAUAUUGGCUUUGUUAAAUGUUUUUUAGCACAUUUCCUAUUUGAUUUGCCUUUUUGCCUUGCAAAUGGGAAAAUAAAAAAAAAAUGAACAAACCACCAUCUCUUUGCAGCUCUUAUCUAUUAAAAAGCCGUUAUGGUAAUGCAUCAGGAGGUUUGGUUUAAACAUGUAUUUAUUCCAAACUAUCUUUUCAAGGUGGUCACGUGGAAUAUUAUGAAGAUAUCAGUAUUCCACUGAUUUCUGAGAUGCUCCUGAAGUUUGGAAUAUGAAAUACAGCUUUAAUGUUUAAAUGCUGAACCCACAGAGUUCUGUUUAUAGAGCUGUUUAUACACAACAGCCUGACAGCAAAUGUUUAAUGAGAGAAUAUUCUGCAGCUGAUCUAAUUGACCAUGGCUCUGCUUAUAUCAGCAAAGCUCUGUGUUUUUGUAUCAGUCAAACAACUGAAUGGAAUAUUUCUUUUCACUGUUGUUGCUUAAUUUUUUCUAUGUGUAAUUGAAAGAAAAAUCAAGUAGGAUCAAGAUGGGAAAAUGACACUUCUUGAAGAAAGUUAUAAUGUCGUAUACAUGUCUGGGACUGUUUAAUAAUGUGUAAGAAUAUAUUUGAGCUUGUUACAAGAAUUUUUCUCUGGUGAUCCUUAAAAGCAUACUAAUCCUUCAGGUACAGGUUGACAGGGAGUUUCCAAAUUAGACUUUUGUAUGGGUGUGGUGUUUGCAACAAGGGUAUUCAGCAUCACCUGUUUAGAGUUCUCACACCUCGUUAUUCCUUCCCUGUAUUCAUUAUCAAUUUGCUUUCCUAGGCUUGCUGCUCUUCUUCCAUAAUUCUUUUUAUUCCUUCAUAUUCUUUGUAAAAAUUAUUAAUAUCUAGAAAAAUAAAUACAUUCACUCCCAUGUUCUUUAAAGCAGCUAGUGAAAUGCAUUUACUAUCUCUAUAUAUGUUUCUGUGUUUUAUCUACAUUAGAAGUUUCUUUUUCAAUCACAAUUCAAGGUUGACUAAAUAUCAGUUCAACAGUCUGACCUGAUCCCUGUGCAUUUUCGCAUCUGGAAUGAAAAUAAAAUGAUAGUCAAACAAUGCAUGCUAGCAAUGAAUGUUGUUUUUUAUGUUGACCCCUUGCUUUCAAAAAGAAAUUUAAUGUAGUAUUCCAGGAUUAUGCAAUGACAGAUGGAUUCUACUUCAACAAAAUAUAUAAUCUUUGUAGCAAGUGACUGUGAAGUGCAGUAUUUUAGCUGAGGAGAUGUUUCUCAUGUUCUUGAUGCUUACCACAAAAUGUGUCUUAAAAAUCUAAAAGACUUCUUCACUUGAAAGGCUGAAGAUUUGUGCUGCUUACUGCACCAAAGGGCCCGUUUGCAAGAGCAACCUGACGUUUUGCAUUUGUGGACCAAGGGAAAAUGGUGGCCUCUAACAGAUGACUAAUUUUUCCUUAUUGACAGAGGGGAGGGGACACUUGUUCAGGAGUUGCACAGCAAAAACUGCUCCCAGCAGUCCUACACAUCUGAGCUUUGAUCCUGGACAAGGAAGAACCUCAGGAAUGCAAAGGCCACAGGCUCCAGGAUGCUUUGACUGUGGUUUCCAGUUGCUUUUGUGUGCAAUUGCAAGGCUGGAAUUUGUUGUGUAAAACCCUAUCAGAGUUUGUAUCCUCAAAGCAUACUGUGCCAUCAAGCUCAAAGGAACAGUUCAGGCUGCUGGCUUGUGGUGAGUCCCUGGAGAUAUAUUUGCAAAGAGUAUGUGUGCCCUCAUCUUUAACUCCUGUUUCACAUGUUUGUGUCUAGCAUUUUUAAGUGCAGUAGUUGAAAUUUAGUUCUUAAAUCCCUAAAAAAGCUACUAUUUAUAGGUAACCAAAGCUACGUGAAACAAAAAAUGUUUGAAUAUUUUUAGAGAUUGGCAGCAUUUUAUAUUAUGUUUAUAAUACGAGCAAAAAACAUUGAAAAAUUCUAAGUUAAGCACUUGCAACUUGCAGUUCUAGCAACAUAGACAGCAUUUUCUUGCCUUUUGUGAGGCUAUUCACCCUUAACACGUAUUGUGCUUUUCCAGCUUUUGCAGACAUGGAAGUGAAGUGAUUGCCUUCUGUUUUUCCUUCUCCACUGAUUGCACUUACUGUACUUCAGUGCCCGUUGUAUUCUUGUAACCUGGUGAGCAACGGUUGAUUUGGUGAAGCGAGGGUAUGUAUGUGUGUCCAUUUACACACGUACAAUCACACUUGUUUUUUUUGUGGUAUCAAUCCAUUUUAUUCUUUAGUACAUCAUACCUUUUAUAUUAAAUCUCUUUGGCAACUGCCAGUUUUUCCUGAUUGGCUGUACCUAUUUUGGUGAAGUAAGUUUUAGCAUCAAGAAAGACCUGAUCUUAAUAGACUUCCACCAUUUAAUUGGGCUUUCACUUGCGUUUCUCAUAACGUGGUUUGUGUCAGUUUUAGAUGCUGUCACAGCUCAGCUGUUUGCUACUAACAGACAUCUCAUAUAUCAACUUUUGUGAGUUUUUAUGUCCUUAUGGGCAGAAAAAUCAGCUACUUAUGUCACUGUUAAAAUGCCUCUUGAGGAGCUUCUGGCCCCUUGGUGUAGCACAUCGAGAAGACUGUAUCCUUGCUACUUUGCAUCUAAUUGUAGUUACAGAACUAAAUCUUUCCUAAAUCUAACCUGUUUUUCUUGUUGCUUUCCUUUCAUAAGAAAAUUAGCUCUAAUUUUUAAUUGAAGAUAGAUGCUUUGCAAAUGUAAAAUUUCAUUGUUUUGGUAACCUUGGAAAUCUGUUUAUUGUCUGUGUCAUUUAGUCUAAUUUUCUUGCCCUUAUGGGAAAGCUGCUGCUUCUGCAAGCUGGUUUCGCUAUUAAGCGGAGCAGAGUGAAAGGACCUGCCCAGGAGAUUCGGUUCCUAGGUGUAAAGUGGCAAGAUGGGUGUUGUCACGUCCCGGCAGAUGUUAUCAACAAAAUCACUGCUGUGUCUCCACUCUCUAGCAAGAGAGGCAAUCUUUUCUGGGGGUGUAGUGGCCUUUUGGAGAAUGCAUGUUCCAAAUGAUAGUCUUAUUCUUAGCGCCCUUUCUCAGGUGAUGUGGAAGAAGAAUAAUUUUUCAUGGGGCCCUGAGCAGCAGCAGGCUUUUGAGUGAAUCAAACAGGAGAUAACCUGUGCUGUGGCCCUGGGGCUGGUGUGGAUGGGACAGGGCAUAAAGAACAUCCUCUACACUGCUGCUGGAGAGAAAGGUCCCACUUGGAGUCUGAGAGAAAGAACCUCUGGAGAGACCUGAGGCCAACUCCUGGGAUUCUGGAGCAUGCAGAGGGUCAAAGAGUGCUACUCUCCAACUGGAAAGGAGACCUUAACCACGUGUGAGGGGGUUCGGGCUGCUUCUGAAGUAAGUGGCACUGAAAUGCAGCUCCUUCUGGCACCUCAACUGCCAGUGCUGAACUGGAUGUUUGAAGGAAAUAUUCCCUCCACCCAUCAUGCUACUGAUGCCACUUGGAGUAACUGGAUUGUGCUGAUUACACAACAACCUUAGAUGGGGAAUCUCAGUCAUCCAGGAGUUCUUAGAAGUCAUGGACUGGCCUAAAGGUAAAAAGUUUGGAACAUCAGCAGUAGAAGAGGUGUCACAUGCUGAAGAGGCCCCACCAUACAAUGAACUACCAGAGAAUGAAAAGAAAUAUGCCCUGUACACAGAAUGGAUCGUGUCAUACUGUGGGGAAGCAUCACAGAUGGAAAUCUGCUGUGUGGAGCGUCACACGACGAGUUGCAAAGACCACUGAAGGGGAAGGAGCAUCAAGCCAAUUUGCAGAGCAUUAUGUGAAGCACAGGAAUUAGAGAGUUCUGAUACUCUCAGUUCUGUGGACUGACAACUUUCUGGAUACCCAGCUCUCAGAAGAGAAGAAUACUCACCCCAGAGAACUCUGCUUUCUGCAUUCAGGUAUCAUAUUUAUUAAAUUAUCUUUCCUCCUCAGAUUCUUGCCGCUGUUCUGUUUUUAGGCCCAGCUCCCAUCUCCCUACCCUUCCCCCUUUGCCAGGGUGUGGAUCUGUGGGUCUCCUGCCCUAUUUCUCACAGAUCUGGGCCAAACCAGCCUGUAAAUCAUCAACAUCCCCCCCUUCUCUCCCCUUCUUGGGCCUGUGGACUUCCCUCUGUCAUGGACACGAUAGAGCUAGAUAACCCCGUGACACAAGUAAACUCUCAGAUGCCUUAAAAAAUGGCUUUGCAUAUGAUUUUGAUCAUAUCUUAAUAUUAAAUAUUGCAUAUUAAGCACUGUCUGGUGUAGAGAAUUUGUGUUUGUGGUUAGAGCCGUUUAAGUGAUUGUUGUGUGAAGUUUAAUGCUCUCUAUCAUUUUUAAGUGUUUUUUAAAAGUCUGCAUGUUCAUUGGAGCUGAAAAGACAAGAAAAUAUCUGCUUCUGGUUUUCCACAAGAUCUGCCUGGUCCAGGAUUUGGUGAUCUUUUAUAUUACUUUGGUGAAGGAAAACAGCAAGAUUGGACUCCAUUAGAUGGAUAAUGAGGUGUUGCACUGUGAAAUCACUUCUAAAAACUUUAAAGGAUGAAAACAUUUCAGAAGCUGUAGCUUUUUGUUUAGUGACAAUUUGCUCAUGGAAAAAGGUUCAGAAUAUCAAAUUUUACAGCUGCCAUCGAAGCACAGGAAAGGAUGUCAUCAGUCCAAGAUACUGCCCCACACAGCCCUGCAUCGGAUGCCAGAGGAAGCGCGACCUCCGCUGCUGCUGUCUGAGAGCAGUGCAGUGUUCCCCUCCAUGGCUGCAAUGUGUCAUCAGCACGUUAUUUUCCUAGUUACUCAGUUCCAAGCAAAUAGAGGUGUGUAUCUACUGAGAACUUUACAGUCGGCACAAACCUGUGUUUAGUUAACCUCAAAGAGUACAAUAACAAUUCCCACUUUUGUGGUGUGAGGAUUGGGGCUAGGCAGCACCACCAUUAGAAGUGAGGGAUCCUCAUCACCGUAUCACCCUGCCCAUGUCUCCUGCCUGGAUGGCGGACCAAUGGUGAAAAAUCAGGAGAAAAAGGAAUAACCCCGAGUGAAAUGGAACAACUGUUUUUAGAAAUAGGUAAGUAGAAGCAAAAGGAGGCAUUUUAAAGACUUGUUACGAUGGAAGUUUGUUUGUCACUAAAGGGAAGAGUGCAGAGCAGCUUCAAGCUAACACUCAGCAGUGAUAAUUCAUGACCCAGGAACAGCUUGUGACAUCUCUUCACAGACAGACUCCUUGUAGAACUGCUUAUGGCAGCAGGACUCUGCCCAAUGGAUUGUUCACUAAUUUUAUUUAAGCACAUGCUUGUGUCUAAUUUGCUUCAAUAGGUACAAUAAAAAUUCCCCAACGCUUCAUAAGGACAGUGGAAUUUCCUCAAUUGUGUUUGAGAGUUUUAGGAUUCUCCUUUGUAAAGAGAUGUGAUUUCUUAGAUUUCAGUCUCCUGUUAUGAGAUAUUGAGAUGAAAUUAAGUCUGAUGCUUAACUAAAGUUAUAUUAAGAAGGUCAUAAAUUGGACUUGUACAAAUGUUUUUGCAGGUCUGCUUUUGCUCUAAGAACAUUUGUAAUGAAAUAGCAGGGCAGUUUCUCCCACACAACGAGUGAAAGCAAAUUCCUUAUGAAAUUAAUGUGGAAAUAAUUCAACAGUACCAUUCUAAGUGUUUAUCUAAAAGGCUGAUCCCUAUCUGUUUAAAUUCCGUAGUGUUACACAAAAAGAUUUGCAUCUUUGCAGUUUUAUUUAUGAUGCUGUAAUGGGAGCACACAAAUAACAGUAUGAUAUGCUGUGAACUCUUUCAUCUCUCGAGUAGCAGGUAUGUAAGUGGGACCUGUGGUGGAUCAACCAGGUGCCAAGCAGGACACGUGGCCCUUUGGAGAGGAGAUUGUUUCUCAAACAGGUUACUGCUUUGAUCAUUUCUAGUGGAAAAUCUGUGCCUACAAAUAUCAUUUCAUUCAGUCGGUGAAUAUCUCUGACCCUAAAGGUUGUUCUCUAUACGUUGCCUAGAAUUUUCUGUUUAGGAAGCACUAAAAAGUACUUUCAAAGUAAUUCCUCGCUUGUCCUCUUUGGCGCAUCUUUCUGUAUAGUAUCUCAGACUGGAAUGAUGUGGAACUGAGCUUAAAAUGGCACGGUGAUGCCUAAAUUUCUUAGUUCCAAAUUUCCAAGUUGUUGGAAUCCCUUCUUCACCUCUAUAGACACGUCAUGCAUGACUGUUCCAAGAGAUUAGCUAGACCCUUUCUACUUGGAAGGCUGAAGACUAGAAACAAAAGAUAUCUCCCACCAUUG